AGUCGGCUUGCCGAUCAGAGAUAUCGAAGUCACAGAACCCUAGCAAAUCUUCUUGAGACGAUUUUCCUUGUAACUUAUCUCAAAUUGCUCUGUUAAAUUGCCGGAGAUCAAAGUAGAAAACGAUUAGGGAUGGCGGAUUUCCAAACAUCCACACAUCGGGCGAAAUGGAUUUUCACGCCAAGGGAUCUGUUUGAAAAGCGAGAAGCUGCGAAUUGGAGAGCAAGAAAGAUGCUUGAACAAUAUGGGUCGACCAGAUUAGAGGUAGAUGUUGAUGGCUCUAUUUCAUAUCCCGAACCUUUGCAAGAUCCAAAAGAUAGCGCUGCAAAGCCUCUUAAUUGUGAAGAAGAGCAGCUUAUGCGGGUUUUCUAUGAACAAAAAAUUCAAGAAGUCUGUGGUGCAUUUAAGUUCCCCCAUAAAAUUCAAGGAACAGCCAUCAUAUACUUCAAGAGGUUUUAUUUGCAGUGGUCUGUGAUGGAACAUCACCCAAAACACAUAAUGCUAACUUGUAUAUAUGCAUCAUGCAAGAUUGAAGAAAACCACGUAUCUGCAGAGGAACUUGGUAAGGGAAUUCAGCAGGACCAUCAAGUUAUUCUCAAUAAUGAAAUGGUUGUUCUUCAGAGUUUGGGGUUUGAUCUUAUUGUUUAUGCUCCGUAUCGCUCAAUUGAAGGCUUCAUUGAGGACAUAGAGGAAUUUGUUCAAGCAAGGGAUGCUGUAAAAAUAAAGUUAAAGGAACUGCGAGAAGCUGCUAAUUUUGAGGUUGAUAAAGCUAUGUUGACUGAUGCACCUCUACUCUUUCCUCCCGGGCAGUUAGCAUUGUCAGCCCUGCGCAACUCAAAUGAGGUGCUCAAUGUUAUCGAUUUUGAAAGAUAUUUGGAAAGAAUUAUUACCCGACAAUCUCCCAAUGCUUCUCAGCUCAUUGAAUCUCUUAAUGCAAUCGAUUUUUUGGUUGGCAAAGUUGCUAUUCCCACGGCAAAAGAUAUGAGGCAUAUAGAUAGAAAAUUACGAAGUUGUUUGGAUCCAAGCGCGCAGGACGAUGGUAAAAAGAGGGAGAAGAAAUCAAAACACAAAUCAAAGAGAACAUCAAAUGAGAUGCAAGUAGCGCAUAUUGACGGGUAAGAUCUCUCUUCUAUUUGCAUUAACUAAAUAACAGAAUCCAUGCAGGACACUACCUGCAGCAUACGUCAAUUUUGAUAUGAAAUUUGUGUUGGAAUAUGUUGCAACUUAUAAUUAGAAUUUUAUUAAAUAUAUUGUACAAUUACUUAUCUGCAUCAAUGGAACUAAGUUAUUGUAGGGUUC